AUGGAAAACACAAACAUCCUGGCCAUCGUGAUGCGCUCGUUGGGAUACCAGCUUUACACAACAGGAGGAAGAGUGAGCAAGACUUAUGAUGGGCCUAAUGCUACUGGCGAGUUUACCGGAUGGGGCCACAUGAUACUCAUAGUGACCAUUAAAGGGAAAAAAUACAUGGUCGAUGUUGGUUUUGGACCGAAUGGCCCAACCCGCCCUGUCCCACUUGAGGAGAAUAAACCCCUUACGUCCUUCAUUCCCGCACACGUGAAAAUGAUCAAAGACAACAUCAAGCCCAAUGUUGAUCAAAGCCAACGACUCUGGAUAUACCAAACCCAACCUAAUCCUGAAAGUGGAUGGAGAGAUGCCUUCUGCUUCUACGAAAUCGAGUUCCUGCCCCAGGACUAUGAGAUUAUGAACUUCUGGACAAGCACGCACCCUAAGAGCUUCUUCACAAAGAAAUUAUUUUGCACCAAAUUCCUUCUGAAUAAGGCGGAAGACGAUAUCAUCGGUACCUUAUCGUUGAUGGGGAUUUAUUUGAAACGGAAUAUCAAUGGGAAUGUAGAGGAGCUUGCCAGCUUUAACUCUGAAGAUGAAAGAAUUUAUGCAUUAGGAAAGUGGUUUAAUGUACAUCUCGAACCAAUGGAAGUUCGAGGAAUGAGGGACUCGGUCUUGGAAAUUUAG